GCAAGAGACAGAGAGAGGCCCACCGCGACGACCCUGCCCGACCGCCUCGCUCCGUUUCCGACUCCUAUUCCCGGCUCGGCCUCCCCUGCCCCUAUCGCCUCGCCCUCAGCGAUCGCAUGCCGCCCCGACCCAAAAAAAAGGGCGACCGAUUUCCUCGGUGCCCGGACGAGGGAGCGCCCCGUCCGAUGGUGGUUGUGGUGGUCAAGCAGGAGGAGCAGGACGACGACGACGACGCGGCCGCCGUCGCCUGGGGGACGUGGGAGGAGCUCGUGCUCGGCGGCGCCGUCCUCCGCCACGGGGACGCCAACUGGCACGCCGUCGCCGCCGAGCUCCGCGCCCGCUCCCCGUGCUCCUUCUCGCCCAAGGAAUGCGAAGCAAAAUUUUCAGAGAUUCAAGCACGUUACUCUGCAUGCGAUGCUUGGUUUGAGGAGCUUCGCAAGCAGAGAGUUGCUGAAUUGAAAAGGGAGCUGAGGAAGUCAGAAAGUUUUAUUGGGUCCUUGCAGUCUGUGAUUGAGAGCCUCAGCAAUAGCAAACAUGAUAAUGGUAACUUAGGAUGUCACACUGAAUCAUGUUCACACACUGAAAAUGCAGCUGAUACUACUUCUUCGAGCAAAGAAUUGUCCAAAGACAGAUCGUCCGCUGCUAGUUUUACGGAGGAAGCAAGCAACAGUCAGAAAUCUCAGAAAGUUCAAAAUACAUCAGCAGAGACAUUAUCAAAGCCCCAUGCUGAAAAUAAGCUCUGUGCCAAAGAUGGUUUGCUUUGGGGCUCUAGAAAGAAAAGGGGAUUGAGGGAUAAACGGGCUAUUCUGAUGGCUGUUGAUAGUGGCAGAGAUGGUGAAAAUAUAUCUACACCAUGCAUACAGGGAGAGGGUUCCUCUGAGGGCUGCAUGAAGAAAUUGAAAACUCCAAAGAUAGAGCCUGGUGUAUCUAUGUGCAAAACUCCAUGCAUACAGAGAGCGGUUCCCUCUGAAGGCUGCAUGAAGGAACUGAAAACUCGAAAGAUAGAGCCUGGUGUAUCUGUGUGUGAGAGAGCAAAACCAAAAUUAGCAGAUAUUGUGAAUAAUAUAUCCACUCAAGGUGACUGUAAGAUGUUGCUACACCAAAUUGAUAUCCAGCGGAAGCGAGCUAGAUACAAGAAGAUGAUCCGUCGGCAUAUGGACUUCCGAAUCCUUCGUUCAAAGAUCAAGAGUGGUGCUAUCUCUUCUGCCAAGGAGCUCCUAAAAGACAUGCUCGUGUUUGUGAAUAAUGUCCUCACAUUUUUUCCAAAGGCCACACUGGAGCACAUGGCUGCAAUCGAACUUCGAGGUCUCAUAUGCAAAACGUUGCAACAGCGUUCAGUCGCACCAUCCAUUAAUUGUGAACCGGCAGCGAUAGCUAGUGACCCUGUAAUCAAGAAGACCAAGGCAAGGAUCGCUAGUGGCCCUGCAAUCAAUAAGACCGCUGCUGAGCCUGUAUUAAAGAAGACCACGGCAGCGCUAGCUAGUGAGCCUGUAAUAAAGAAGACAGUGGCUGGGAUAACAAGUGAGCCUGUGAUGAAGAAGACAGUGGCUGGGAUAGCUAGUGAGCCUGUAGCCAAGAAGGCGGCUGCAGGGAUAGCGAGUGAGCCUGUAAUCAAGAAGACGGCGGCAGGGAUAGCGAGUGAGCCUGUAAUCAAGAAGACUGCUGCAAGGGUUGCAAGUGACCCAGUAAGCAAGAAGGCGGCGGCAGGGGCUGCUAGUGCCCCUGCAACCAAGAAAAUUUCUCGAACAUUGCCGCCGGUACGUCAUGUGCCUCGUGAUGCAAAGAGAAGCAAGGUUUCCUCAAGGGAGAGCGGAAGCACUGUCAGCCAGGGUGAGAGCGAGACCAAGGACGACCCCGCGGAUGCAGCGGCAACUGCUGAUGAAAAAACCGUUGAGAGAAGCGUGCCAGCCGCCAAGAAGCGAGGGGUCGGGCGGCCUCCAAAGAGCGGGCAAAAGCGCGCCGCCACUGUGCCGCCGCAAGACAGUCCUAGCAAAGGCAGGAAGAGGACUCGACGGUGACAGGGAGAAGCGACGCCGUGGAUAUGCAGACGUGUUGUGUACAAUCCUACAAGGAGGUCCUAGAGUAGCUCCAUCCAGUGUUGUGUACCACCCUGUCAAAGACUAGGCAAAGGGAAUCAGGAUGUUUUGUAACAGGAAGGAGUGGUGGUUUUCCUGGUGUUUUGUUUAAGGUCAGCUAGAUGAAGCGCAACUUUUGUCUGUAGAGAUGUGAUCCGAGUUGUUAGGCGCUAUAUAUAUGUCUGUUAUAACUGUAUAUGUAAUACCCUUAGAACUUUCCUUGGUCAAGUAUAUGCCAGCGCAGAAUUUUGGAGACA